UUCUGUGUUUAAGGGAGUUUGCAUUUCUUUCUGUGUCUCCCCCCGUGCAUGUGUUGUGGUUCUUAGUGUGGAAUGUACUGUGUGUUAUGAGUUUUUUGUUUUAGUUAUUUAUGAAUAUGUGAUUUGGUAUUUUGAUUGAGUUUGUUGCAAUAAAGAGUUGCAUUGUUUAAAUUGAAUUAGUUGCAUUGUACUAUAAUUUAGGGGUUUUGAUUUGGGUAUUUUGAUGUAUGUAUUUUUGGAAUGUGUUAGUUGAUUCGGUUGGAUUUUAAAUAUUUGGGAAUAUGAUAAAUGGAGAUUUUUUGAGCAAUAUGACAAAAAAAUAAUGCAUGAGUUCUAUAAUAUUAGGCUGGAUGGUCUUUUAGUGAUCUUAUGAUUGUGGAAAUGAUUUGGCUUUAUUUGUUGUUUUUGGGAUAAAAUAUGAAAUCAUCAAAUAUUGGUAAGUAUGGUACCCGAUUUUAGAGGCACUAUACUCAUACAAUUUAAAGAUCGUAAUAGAAGUAGGAGAUUAAUAUAAAUAGGAGAUAUUAUGAAACCAAACAAUUUGUAUCAAACAAAACAAGUUGUGUAUUGAACUAAAAACUUAACACACAUAAAUUAGGAAUACUAUUAAAAAUUCGGAUAACAAUAACUGAAAAAAAUAUCUGUUUAAAAUUUUUGCAACCCCAUCAAAGCUUAAUGUGCAUACUUGAGGGUAUUGUAAUCCAGUUCCUGGUCUUACAGUUCCUUGUCAAUUAUUUUUUUCUUUUUUCAUGAGUGUACAGAUCAAACUCCUAAACACCUUCAAUUGACCUUCGCAUUGCCUAUAAACACAAAUUUUGUAUAAUCUUUUGGGCCAUACAAAAAUCCUUAGUAAAUGCUUGUCCUUUUUCAAUUACAAAUUUUGUAUAAUCCUUUGGCCAUACAAGAAACUAUAUUUUACAACUUGUAAGAAAGAUGUGAUUCGAAUUCAGUUUAGUGGCUUGAGAGGAUCAAAUUCUAGGUUGCUACUUGUAUUUAUAAAACAAAAUACUUUGACAACUUUCUUUCUUAGAUCUUUGUAGAGAAUGGGGAAGUUUUCUGUACUAAUUAUGCUUCUUCUUUUUUUUGUGCCUUUACUGCAUUUUGCAUAAGUUUGGUACUGUACUUUGUUGGUGUUUUGUGUCCACGGAUUUCCUCCACCAUGAGUGAGAGGUCUCAAUAUAUUUGGGAGGAGGUCACCCGUGGACAUGUGAACCUUUUUGUCUCUUUUCCAAAAAAUUAGAAAUUGUUGUAAUGUUUUUGACCAUUGGCAAACUUCAUGCUUAAUUGAGGCCCUAAGAACCUCAAGAUCUAGAGUUCCAAGAUUUAAUUGAGAAGGUCAAUAAUUUUUUCUAAAUUUUAUGUUACAUAUGUUGGCAUCAUUGUAUGUUAAAAGUGAAUACUGUAUAACUGACUUUACUGUGAUGUUAUUGUAAUAGUAUAGUAUGUAAGGAAAAUAUGCUUACUUGUUGCGAAGGGAGACUAACAAGUUACAGAAUCCAUUAUUUAGGCAUAUUGGUACAUUGUACUUAACAGUUUCCAUGUAGUACAUUUAAGAAAUAGACUAUAGUACAUAUAAUGAUAGUAUGUUAUAUAGGAAGAGAUGCUUACCUGUUAUUGUACACAUAUAGGAAAUUAAGUGUCGGGAUGUCAUGAAUACACUGAAAUGUUAGACGAUUGCAUGAAUUAUUCAAAGUCUUUGUCUUCCAAUAUUUUAGUGUUUUGAAUGUUUGUUAAUUUAAGUUAUUUUGUCUUGUGUAAUAGGUUUAUAAAAUGGUAUUUAAACGGAAGAGGGGGGCUGCUGCAGACAAAAAGGAUGCAGCAGAGAUAAAGAAGAAGGAUCCGAAGGAAGCUUGGCCGAAGUACUACCAAGCCAAUUUCUAUGCUUAUGCUGAUGCACACAAAGAGAAACCUAAAGCAGAUGUGCUUCGUAGUUUUAAGGAGCAAUUCAAGCUUCUUACCGAUGAAGAGAUUGAGAAUUGGGCUGCAUACGAAGUCGAGGCUUCCCCCUCCAAGGUUGGUGGUAGAGGGAAAGGGAAGAAGGUGAAGGAGACAUUAUCUGCUGAGCCAGGGAUUGACAACAACGAAGGUGUGGGGGACGUUCAAGUUUCUGGUCGUUGCUCAUUCGAGCGUUUGGGGAGAAUAGUCCCACUGCUGAACGAGGCUCAAAAAGAAAUGGUGAGAAAUGCCGGUUUCUCAACAUUUUUAAGGGAGGAUGCCCCGUACAUAGACGCUAAGAUAGUUAGUUGGCUGAUCGAUCACGUGGAUCCAACCACUUCUCGGCUGGAGAUAUUUGGAAGAACAAUCCAACUAUCCUCCAAGCUGUUUGAGGAUGUCAUGGGAAUCCGGGAUGGCGGAGAACCCGUGGCAACCGAAAGUGAGCGUGACCUGGUUGAGUUUGACGUCCUCUUCAAGGCCAAGGACUAUAGGUAUUCCCUGACUUUGCUGGAGAAUGAGCUCAGGGAAACCAGCGACAGUGACUACCUGUUUCUCAUUAAGUUUCUCCUUCACUAG